AUGAUAGGCUAUAUAAAUAGUAAUUAUAAGACACUACAUCCAUUUGAAGUCUUGGAAUUGGUUACAAAAUUUGAGAAUAGUAAAUUGGAUGAUGUUGCCGUUUUUUUAGUUAUUGAUGGAAUUCAUAACAUGAUUAAUGAACUUGAAAAUGAUAGAACUAAUCAAACAUUGGCUUACAUAUUUGCUGAAGAUGUUCCGGAUCUCAAUAAAGCAAGCUGCACACAAUUACAGAUUAUAGAUCAAAUCGAUAGGAGAAAAGCAGAUAUGAUUAUAGUAAAGAGAAAUAAAAGAGAAUUCAAGGAUUUAACUGAUGCAGUAAAGAGGCUCCAAGCAUGA